AAAUGCGGAAGUCUCUGUAUGUAGGGGUGGAAGUGUUGUUGUUGAUCUGCCAUUUUGUUGACUACAAUAAAUAGUCUAACUUAGUUGAAUACCUUGCAAGGCUGGCGGACGUCUUUGUUGGUACGUAACGGGAGUCUACCCGACGUAAGCUUGGUGUAGCUUGAGGGAACAAUGUUACACGUAUCUUCUCCUAUGUACCCGAGGCCAGCGGAAACGUGACGUAAGACACCUGCAUAUUAACGUCGUCUCGUCGACGUCAGCCUGAACGCUGACGGACUGGAUGCAGAAACCUACGUUUUUACAUCAGUGAGGGUCCCCUGUGAGCGAUGGAGGAGCUGUACACGUUGGAGAGGGAGGUGGGACGCGGCAGCUACGGCGUGGUCUUUGAGGGCCACAUGGCCAAAACUGGACAGAGGGUGGCCAUCAAGCGGCUGCCCUGUAGCAGCCCCGAGUGCAUUGAGCUCUACCUGCAAGAGCUGUGGGCCAUGAGAGCCACCGCAAAGAACCAUGUCAAUGUCAUCGCCCUGCACAGCUGCCUCCUGCAGACCGGGCCCAGGAACCUGAAGCCCCUACGGCCAGGGGCCGUGCCUCUACGUCUGGUCGAGAGCGUGCUGAAGGGCGGUGUGGUCGGAGACGCCGACGCCCCACGGAGCACCAGCGCCGCCUCGACACUUCAGGACGGGGCAAACUCGAGUCGACACCAGACUGAAGCAAGUGCGUCCGAUCCCACGACCCCAAAACGGCCUCCGAGCAGAGCCAGGAAGAGGGCGGCCCCGAGGGAAGAAGAGCAGCAGCCGCCGCCCCCCCUGCGCUGCCUGGCCCUGUGGCUGGUGAUGGAGUACUGCGACGGGGGCGACUUGAAUCAGUACCUGCUCUCCAGGCCUCCGGACGGCGAGCGUAACCGCAGCGUGGUGCGGCAGCUCUGCAGUGCGGUGGCCUUCCUGCACGGCCUGGGCAUCACCCACCGAGACCUGAAGCCUGACAACGUGCUGGUCUGUGUGACCCAGAGGGGCCCCGUGGUCAAGGUGGCGGACUUCGGUCUGAGUAAGAUGAGCGGGGGCCCCGUGCGCGGCGAGCCCACCGGGCAGCACUUCUCCUCCACCUGUGGCUCUGACUUCUUCAUGGCUCCAGAGGUGUGGGGCGGCCUGGCCUACACGGCGCAGGCGGACAUCUUCUCCCUGGGGGUGAUGUGCUGGGCCGUGCUGGAGAGGAUCACCUUUCUGGAAGAGGGGGCCACGCAGGAACAGCUGGGGGCCUACGUGUGCCGGGGCCGCUGGUUGAUGCCGCUGGGGGAGGCGCUGUGGGAGAACGCUGACCUCCAGCUGUGCAUCCCCAUGAAAUUCAGGAGAGCGCCUCAGCUGCCCCCCCCUCCCGGUCCCGCCGUGAGCUGCCUGCUUCUGGACAUGCUGGCCUGGGACCCGGACGCCCGGCCCCCGGCCCACCAGCUGCAGGCCCGAGUGAGCGCCGCUCUCAGAGAGGACGCUUAGGAGACCCCCGUGGCUGAAUGCUGACCGGUGGGGACCCGGUGGGUUGGGGGGGGGGGGCUGUGCAGUGAAGCGUUACUGCUGCUCUCUCUGUUACAGCAGCUUCUUUUCUAUUAGAUUUACUCAUUGGUUCGUGAUUGGAAUCUUACCAUCACACAUGUAGAAAGGGUCUCCAAGAUGUAUAUAAAGAUGCAAACAAAUUGCAGUGUAAAAGUAUUUUUUGUCCCCCCCAGCUGAUGGUUGUUGUUUUCCUCCAAAUAAAGUGUGUAAGUAAAUGAUGUGUGAUGGAUUUGAAUCAACACACAGAACAAAGAGUCACUUAAGCUCCAUACAAAAUGUUUCAGUGCUUUGUUUGGAUUCUGCUUCGGUCCCAAAAGGGUAUGAAAGACAUCAGGCUGCUUAUGAGACCCAGCGCCGUGUGUCUUACUGGUCACCAGUCAUCUUCUUACUGGUCACCAGUCAUCACACAGUGCAUCCGGAAAGUAUUCUUCACUUUUUCCACAUUUUCUUAUGUUACAGCCUUGUUCCAAAAUGGAUUAAAUUAAUUAUUUUCCUCAACAUUCUACACACAACCACAAAAAGUGAAAGCUGUUCAGUUGAGUGGACAUGAUUGAGAAAGGCACACACCUGUCUAUAUAAGGUAUCACAGUUGACAGUGCAUGUCAGAGCACAAACCAAGCCAUGAAGUCCAAGGAAUAAUCUGUAGACCUCCGAGACAGAAUUGUAUCGAGGCACAGCUCUGGCGACGGGUACAGAAAGAUUUCUGCAGCAUUGAAAGUCCCAAAGAGCACAGUGGCCUCCAUCAUCCCCAAAUGGAGGAAGUUUGGAACCACCAGGACUCCUUUUAGAGUUGGCCGCCCAGCCAGACUGAGCGAUGGGGGGAGAAGGGCCUUAGUCAGGAGUUUGCAAAAAAGCACCUGAAGGACUCUCAGACCAUGAGAAACAAAAUUCUCUGGUCUGAUGAAACAAAGAUUGAACUCUUCUCACUGUGUCAUGUGUUCGUCAUGUGUGGAGGAAACCAGGCCCUGCUCAUCACCUGGCCAAUACCGUCCCUACAGUGAAGCAUGGUGGUGGCAUGUUUUUCAGCGGGAGGAACUGGGAGACUAGUCAGGAUGGAGGGAAAGAUGAAUGCAGCAGUGUACAGAGACAUCCUCGAUGAAAACAUGCUCCAAAGCGCUCUGGACCUCAGACUGGGGCGACGGUUCAUCUUCCAACACGACAACGACCCCGAAGCACACCGCCAAGGUAACAAAGACAACUCUGUGAAUGUCCUCGAGUGGCCCAGCCCGAGCCCUGACUUGAACCUCAUUGAACAUCUCUGGAGAGAUCUGAAAAUGGCUGUGCACCGACGCUCCCCAUCCAACCUGAUGCAACUUGAAAGGUUCUGCAAAGAAGAAUGGAACUGCACACAAAUAGGAGCGCCACGCUUGUGGAAUCCUACCCAAGAAGACUUGAGGCUGUAAUUGCUGCCAAAGGUGCUCCAACGAAGUAUUGAGCAAAGGAUGUGAAUACUUAUGUACAUUUUAUGUUUUCGUUCUUUAUUUUUAACAGAUUUGCAAAAAAAAGUUUUCACUUUGUCAUUAUGGGUUGUUGUGUGUAGAAUGUUGAGAAAAAUAAUGAAUUUAAUCCAUUUUGAAAUAAGAAUGUAACAUAACGUAUUACUAGUGACGUUGUUGUUCAGAAGCACUUUUUAAGUUGAAUGGACCUGAACUUGUAACUUUUAUAUGAUGAGUAAUAAUAUAUUAUGUGAACUCUUUGCCAUCUUGCUGGAGUGAGGAGCUUCCUAAUAGAAACGUAAUGAAUGCAUCAUUAGCAUAAAGCCCCCCUCUGCCAUCCUUUGAUAAGACGUUUACGGCUCUGAGGCCAGCUAUUGAGCAGUCAGAUGGCCUUUGACCCCCCCCCCCCCCCAUGAGGAAUUGAUUCAACCUUUAGAAAGAUACUUUAUUAAUCCCCAAGGGGAAAUCUGUGCAAUAGCAGAGUAAAGAAAAUGAAAUAUUCACAGUAAAGUACAUUAUGUGAUUAAGGGACAAUAUGGACAAGAUUUUUUUCAGUGUCCUCUCCACCACCAACGAUGGAGCCGGCCUUCUUCAGUCUGUUGGUGUCGAUGAGGACUUACAGAGCACUGGCCCAACAUCUCCAACAUCCAUCAGAGCCUUGAUGUUGGCCUUCCAGUUCAGCGUGUGCUCGAUGGAGACACCUGGGGACUUGGACUCCAUGUGUCCACGUCCUCACCCAGAACUCAAUGCCGUAUGGUGGGAAAUGUAUUAAUCACUACGGAUUGUAGGUGGACAACUGCAGUCACAAGCAGACCCCCCCUCGCCUGAAGAGUGUAGCCCAUCCGUUGUGUGGCUUUUCUUGCUGCUAGAGCAGUGUGAGGAUGAUCCUCUGGAGACCAUGACAGUUGUUUUGCAAACCAGUCAAUAGUUUAGUGUAAUUAAAUAGCUAAAUCCAUUUCAA